AUGUUUAGGAAAGCUGCUGUGCCCACGGUCUCUAAUGGAAACUACUUGCAGGGACAAGCUAAUGGCAAGUUGUCCUCUAUGGACAGCGGACAGCCAGCCCGGGAGGGAAAAGUUGUGCUGAAGAAGAAAGUGACGCUUUUGAGGGGGAUAUCCAUCAUAACUGGCACUAUCAUUGGAGCUGGCAUCUUCAUCUCUCCCAAAGGCAUCCUGAAGAACACAGGCAGCGUGGGCAUGUCCUUGACUCUCUGGACAGUGUGUGGUAUCCUCUCGCUUUUUGGUGCCCUCUGCUAUGCUGAACUAGGAACAUGCAUUAAGAAAUCUGGUGGUCACUACACCUAUAUCCUGGAGGCCUUUGGCCCUUUACCUGCAUUUGUGAGGGUCUGGGUUGAGCUGCUCAUCAUUCGCCCUGCUGCCACAGCAGUGAUAUCAUUGGCUUUUGGACGCUACAUCUUGGAACCUUUCUUUAUGCAGUGUGAUAUCCCAGAACUUGCAAUUAAACUUAUUACAGCUGUCGGCAUCACACUGGUGAUGGUCUUGAAUAGCACAAGUGUCAGCUGGAGUGCCCGCAUUCAGAUGUUCCUUACCUUUUGUAAGCUGGUAGCAAUUCUGAUAAUUAUAGUCCCUGGAGUUAUCCAGCUAAUUAAAGGAGAAACACAGCACUUUAAAAAUGCCUUUGCAGGGAAUGAUGCCAGUAUUAUGGGAUUGCCACUUGCUUUCUAUUCAGGAAUGUAUGCCUAUUCAGGCUGGUUUUACCUCAAUUUUGUUACCGAAGAAGUGGAAAACCCUGAAAAAAACAUACCCCUGGCAAUAUGCAUUUCAAUGAUAAUCGUCACAGUUGGCUAUGUGUUAACAAACGUGGCUUAUUUCACUACAAUCAGUGCUGGGGAAUUGCUGCUUUCAAAAGCUGUAGCAGUGACCUUUGCUGAACGACUAAUGGGAAACUUUUCUUUAGCUGUACCCGUGUUUGUUGCUCUCUCCUGCUUUGGAUCUAUGAAUGGUGGCAUUUUUGCAGUCUCCAGGAUGUUCUUCGUUGCAUCCCGUGAGGGUCACCUUCCAGAAAUUCUCUCCAUGAUUCAUGUCCGCAAGCACACUCCUCUGCCAGCUGUCAUUGUUUUGCAUCCUCUCACAAUGAUAAUGUUAUUCAACGGGGAUCUCUACAGCCUCUUGAAUUUCCUCAGCUUUGCCAGGUGGCUUUUUAUUGGACUAGUAGUUGCUGGGUUGAUUUAUCUCAGAUAUAAACGUCCUGAUAUGCCUCGUCCUUUCAAGGUUCCUCUAUUUAUUCCAGCGUUGUUUUCCUUCACUUGCCUCUUCAUGGUUGCACUGUCACUUUACUCCGACCCAGUGAACACAGGGAUUGGAUUUGCAAUAACCCUGACUGGCAUUCCUGCCUACUACCUCUUUAUUGUAUGGGACAAUAAGCCAAAGUGGUUCAGAAAGCUUCUAGGCAAGGUAACCAUAACAUUGCAAAUCCUCUUGGAAGUCAUCCCAGCAGAGGAAGAUCAGAAAUCAUGAUCAUCAUGUACAUCUUUUGGCUUGAUGUUUCAUUUCUACCUGAAACAGAAAGAUUAGGGAGAUUUAUCCCCCUUCCUAACAUGCUGCAAACUUGAGGAACAAGUCACAGUUGUGAUGGAUACUGAACAAAUUGCUUACCAGAAUUUUCUUUUAUGAUGCUGUUGCAGUUUUUGUUUUUUUUUUUUUUUUUAAUAUGGUUGGUCUACAUAUAGAAAUCAAGUACUUUUGCUACGAGGGAACUCUUUACUAUUUCUUUUGGUACAGUGUCUUAUUUUAACAAACUAUAAGUUCAUCAAACUGGAAUUUGGCAGCCUUGUCACUGAAGAUAGGUUCAAGUGAUGUGUGAUAGCUGGGUGUACCAUGAAGAAUGUGUCUUGAUUUCUGUCCCUGGAGAUCUCAACUCUCACCAGAGCAAUGGUGAGAUAAAGCUGCUGAGUUUCACAUACUACUUUCUUCCCAUCACUCUGUUUGGCAGCCUGAUUUGACUUUUGACUCGCUGGAGGCCCCAGCACACAGACCAGACCACUCCCCAGAAGUUUGUGAUGGCAAACUCAUGGUUUCUUCAUUCCAGAGUUCUUAUACCAUAACCAACAGAAAAAUCUUUUGAGACUUAAUAUUUCUGCCAGUGGGGCAGAAAGAUUUUAGCGUGGGAAUUUUAGCAGUAAUUUUAUGCUUGUUGGUUUUUUUACCAGGCUGGAAUUGAUCACUGGUUUUACCAGUGUUUGUGUACCUACACACACAAAAUCCAGCAAGUUGAGCAAUGACCUUCAAGUGAGUCAAAAUAUUGAAGG